AUGAUUGCACGGCAUCCACUUCCUAUUAUCGAUCCGGGAUUGGUUGAUCCUGGUACUAUGGUUGGGGGGGAGUUGAAUAAUAGAGUUCGGCUCGUCGUGGAUCGGUUUAAUGCUGCGAUGGGGAAUAGGGAUGUUGAGGGUCUUGGGGGUUGUUUGGAUGAGUUGGCGUUUACGUAUCAUCUUCGGACGUUCUUCACGGCGGAGGUCAUUGCCGAGGCGAUGUUGGAGACAGGGGCUCUUCGGGGUUUUAUUCCGGCUGCGGAGAAACUGCAAUUCAUCGAGUGUGGGUUCGUCUUUCGAACGGUAUCCCCCGCUGCCGCGUGCAAGGGGAAAAUGGUGCUUUUGCCGGUGAGAAAUGGGGAUACGAUCGAGUGGAAGAUCUGGGUCUUGGUUACUGUGCUCAGUAGCUUGGAUAUGUAUCCAGAGGAUGAGUCGUUGCUGCGGUCUCCUGGGAGAUCAUUGGACGGGCUGGAGACGUUUGAAACGGAUGUCUUUAUUAUCGGAGGCGGGAAUGCCGCUAUCGCUCUCUCUGCACGUCUGAAGGCCCUUGGCGUGGAGAGCGUCAUGGCCGAGAGGAAUCCCCAUAUGGGCGACAACUGGGCCCUCCGUUAUGAUUCGCUGCGCUUCCAUAUACCGGCUGCGUGUUGUGAUUUGCCCUAUCUGCCCUAUGAAGAGCAUCUGCGAGGAAAGCAUUUCCUCAGGAAGGAUGAGUUGGCGGCGCAGGUCAGACGAUAUGUUGCGGCAUUCAAUCUCAACUGCAUCACUUCGGCCCAGAUCCAGUCGACACACUAUGACGUCUCGGCCCAGCGCUGGAAAAUCCGAUUCCAGACCCCUGAGGGCCAACGCACAGCCGUCACCAAGCACCUUGUGCUUGCUAAGGGACAUGGGUCCCAAAAGCCUCGAAUGCCAGUCAUCGCAGACCGUGAACUAUACCAGGGAAUCAGUAUCCACUCUACGCAGUACCGAAAUGCCACACAGCUGCGGGAGCAGGGUGCUAAGUCAGCCCUAGUCAUCGGAUCCGCAAACACUGCCUUUGACGUAAUGGAGGACUGCCACGCCGCUGGACUCCAGACCACAAUGAUAGCCCGAUCUCGCACAUAUAUUAUCCCAGUAGAACAUCUCAGUCACCCACUAUGUCUCGGCUCCUAUCAGUUCGGAGUCGACGCAGCAGACUGGCGCUUCGUGGCAAUCCCAAUACUCGUUGGAGGCCAGCUCGCCAAACAUGUGCUAGGACAGUUAGCGAGCCAAGAACCGCAUCGCUACGACGCACUCACAGCGACCGGCUUCGGUUUCAUGGACAGCCGCCACCCAGACGCAUCCUUCAUCCGCACCCUCUAUGAGCGCGCAGGUGGCCACUACGUGGACAUGGGCGGCACCAAGCUGCUGGCAGAAGGCAAAGUCGAGAUUAAACCCGGCGUUCAACCGGUCGGGUACACUGCCACUGGUCUGCGGCUCUCAGACGCCAGCUGUGUGGAUGCCGACGCCGUGGUAUGGUGCACGGGAUUCGCGGAUGCCAAUGUGCGUGAUGACAUUCUCGAAACAUUAGGUGAAGAAGAUGAGGCGGAAAAGAACAAGCAGGUGCUUGGUCCGCAUGCCAUUGCUGCCCGUGUGGACGCUACCUGGGGCCUGGAUACCGAGGGCGAGCUUCGUGGCAUGUUCAAGCGGCAUUUGCGCCUCGAGAACUUCUGGAUCAUGGGUGGGUUCACUCAACAGCACCGGUGGCAUUCGCGCACCCUGGCCUUUCAGAUCAAGGCGGCCCUCGAAGGAGUGUUGCCCCCAGCGUAUCGGGACACGCCGCAGUCGAAGUCGUUGAACAACAGGGAGUCCUCGGAAGCGUAG